ACAGCAAACAGCAAACAGCAAACAGCAAACAUGCCCAACCCCACCAAAGAUCUACACACGGUAGACGAAACUUCGUUUCCAUACAUCUUUGAGCAGAAUGCCACAGUCCAGCUCAAGACCUGCGAUGGCCUCAUCCGCUGCAAUGUCUACCGACCAAAGAACUCUGGCCCGGCACCGGUUCUGGUGACCUACGGCCCCUACGGCAAGGAUAUCCAUUAUCACGACUUUCACCCCAAGUCAUAUGCCGAGGUCAACCCCAACCACAAGUCCGACCACUCGGCCUGGGAGACCCCCGAUCCGAAGUUCUGGACCAGGCAUGGCUACGUCGUAGUGCGUGCCGAUGAGCGCGGCCUCGGCCAGUCCCCCGGAGUUCUCGACACCAUGUCCCGAGGUACCUCUGACGCCUUCUGCGAGCUGAUCGAAUGGGCCGCUGACCAGCCGUGGUCUUCGGGCAAGGUUGGCCUGCUGGGCAUCAGCUACUACGCUGGCAGUCAAUGGCGCGUCGCCGCUCGCAAGCCAAAGGGGCUGGCUGCCAUGAUUCCGUGGGAAGGAAUGUCUGACUAUUAUCGCGACCGCUGCCGCCACGGAGGGAUCUUGUCAAACGCCUUCAUCAAGUUUUGGUGGAAUCGCCAAGUCAUUACGAACCAGUACGGCAGGCCAGGCCGUAGCGCGAGCAAUUGGGGCCCAGAUACCAUCGAGGGCGACCUGCCGGCCGACGAAUUGGAGCGGAACCGCAACGAUCAAACCAUCGACAACCAAAAGCACCGCUUCCGGGAUGAGGAAUACUACGCCUCCAAGGAGUAUGACAUGGGCGACAUCGAGGUCCCAUUGCUGUCAGUCGGCAACUGGGGCGGGAUACUUUUGCACCUGAGAGGAAACAUUGAAGGAUACGUGCAAGCAAACUCCGAGUUCAAGUACUUGCGCAUGAUCACCGGUCGGCACGAUCUCCCCUUUUACUAUGACGAGGAGGUUGAGAUCCAACGCUCAUUCCUGGAUGCCUUUCUCAAGGGAGAGGAUCGCGUGGGAUGGGCCACAAAAGGCAAACUUCCUUCUGUUGAUCUUGUCAUGCGAAAGGGCAAUGUUGGCUUCAACGACGCCCAGGCCGAGAGAGCCUACACUCGCCGCGCCGAGUCCCAGUGGCCGCCCGCUAGCACCGUGUAUACAACUUAUCACUGCCACCCAGACGGUGUCCUUUCCACUGCGGCACCUUCACUACCAAGACGGACAAAGCUUUCCUACCGCGCAUUGGGCACACUUGCGAAUCCAUCCUUGGUCUCUUUCUCGACUCCCAAGUUCGAGACCGAGACUGAAAUCACGGGUCACCCUCGCGCACGCCUCUCCGUCUCCGUAACACCCGACGCUUCGGGACCGACGCCCUCGGAAAUUGACGUGUUCCUGACCCUGCGGUAUAUUGGUCCUGAUGAAAAGGAAGUAUUCUACACAGGAACAGCUGGAGACCCGGUUCCACUGUGCAAGGGUUGGCUCCGCACGUCUCUCCGCAAGGUCAACGAGUCCCACCGCAAGCAUCGCGCCUACCUCCCCCACAGGGACUACACAAGUGCCGACGUACUUCCCGUAAUCCCGGGGGAGGUCUACACGAUCGACAUUGAAGUCUGGCCUACUAAUGUGGUUGUCGAAAAGGGGGGUCGGAUAGUGUUUGAGGUGGCUUCGGGCGACACGCAGGGGUCGGGAAUCUUCCUGCACGACGACCCCGUUGACCGGGCGGUGGAGAAGCUGCAGGGUGUUAACAACAUCAACUUUGGGGAGGGUCUGGAGAAUUACCUCGUCCUGCCUGUUAUUCCGUAGUAGUUGAUGUCUGGUUGGUUGAGAUGAUAAUGAUCCACUACUCUUACGCCACGCCCAUUCCUUAUGUGGUAUUGGUUACCCACCACAUGUUCACCCAGCCGAACCGAACA